AUGGGCUGCAAUUAUGAUCUCUUCUUCGACACCGCCGUGACGUCGCUGGCGCUGCGGCGCUUUUACAACAACACCGGCGGGCCCCGCUGGCCGGCGCAGUUCCGCCGCGGGUGGGAGGCGGAGGAGCCCUGCGCGUGGGACGGCAACGAGCGGGCGCACCCCCCGCCGUACGGUGUGCGCUGCGUGAACGGCGGCUGGCACACCCUCCCGCCCCGCGCCGACGGCGGGCUGCUCUCGAUGGAGCACUACAGCGGCGAGGCGGAGGGGGAGAUCCCGCGGGAGUUCAAGGCGUUUCAGAUGACAAGCGCCAUCGGGCUAUCGUACAAUAGACUCAACGGCACCAUGUGGGAUACGAGCUAUCACUGCUUUUUGCAGCACCUGGAUGUCGCCCAUAAUCGUAUUAGUGGAACUCUGCCAGAUGACUUUAUGGUUCGUAAUAUACACGCAGAGAUCAUUAAUAUGGCAUUCAAUCAACUCUCAGGUACACUCCCACGCUCACUAACAAGACUCACGAGUCUCGUCGUCCUGCUACUCGACCACAACAACUUUACUGGUGAAAUCCCUGAUUUCAGUUAUCUACAACACCUUCACCAUCUCUCACUUGGCUACAAUAACUUUACGGGUCGUAUCGGUACGUGGUUGCGUAACAUGAGUACUCUAGGUUGGCUUGAACUCGAACAUAAUAAACUGCAAGGACCACUUCCUCCACUUCCACGCAGCGUCACACGUGUGAAUUUCGCUGGAAAUAAUUUUACAGGAGCAGUUCCGGAAAGUUAUGGUAAACAUGGUUAUCUUCGCUACUUUAAUUGCACAGGAUGCACUCUAACUUGCCCUCAGAAGGAUAUGCUUGCCCAUCUUCGGUACUCCUCCCAUUGUACAGGUAGUGAAAAUGUACCGGUGGAAAAUAAAACCAGUUGA